GUGAACAAUUUGUCAGACCACAGAGAGACGUGUAGACAAAUCACCGGGAUAUAGACGCGAGGCUGAUAAUGUAAGAAGUAACCCCCGCUGGCAUAAAGCCGCUGUAGUAAUUGGUUACAUACUCUGAAACCUGGUUGUACACACUACAGCUUGGAUCCGGAAACUACAGACGCUUCAGUCGUGAGUGUGUAAGGUGGUUCUUAUCACUCUUAAAUACACAACAAUAAUACUAUCCACGAGUAGCAUACAAAAGACAUAAAAACCAACACCAAACAGAAACCCGUGCUACAUUGUAAUUUAUUCAACGCGUUGCUUCAGCCUCUACCACCCAGUCUUGGUGUUCCAAUCAAGUUUAUUCCACUAUUCAGUGCUAUACAGGGGUGUACGAUAAGGGUUCGCGGCUAAAGCAAUUGGAACCUUUAUAGAUCAUGUUUCUGGGAAAACAAUAGAAAGAGGAAGUAGCCAGUUCGUCUAGUCUUAACUUGGAUUUUUAAAGAAAUGUUCCAUUCGAUAGAAGUCUGAUUGUUGAAUACUCGUGUUAAGUUUGUAAGAUUACCCCGAGGGAAAGAGAUAGGAUAUUUAUUGUUCGUUUCGUAUAUAUUGUCUUUUCUACGUUAAAACAACCACGUGUUCUGUAUGGAUGAACCUUAGAGAGUACAUGCGUGAUAGUUUUAACGUGGCUGAAAACAUGUGUAGGACACAGACUAAAACAGGAACACGUUAAGGAUAACCGUUAAACACAACCAAGGGAUAUUGGUAAUGUGUGUAUAUCAUUUCAAUUCAUAACAAAUAACGGAUUUUUAUUUGUAAUUAAUUAGGAAGCGAGGGAGUGACGGUUGAAGUGUCCCCGUGACGUGUUACAAGAACACUCAGAACAUCACCAAAUUAAUUCACAGCUAUAUAACUCAACCUUUUUGGCACUGGGAUCAACGAUAGCAGUUUCAAUGCGUUGUCUUUCAGGACACCACCCUCCUCAUUAGAGGCGACUGAUACAGCAUUUAUAAGGAACAAGACUGAAACUCUACGGCUAUUGUCAUCAACGUGGAUGUAUAUAUACAUAUGUCGUGUUAACGAAACGGUGGCCAUUCGUAUAGUGAAUAUCUACAAGGGUAGUUAAACCAUUAUACCCACUCGUGUGUUAAAAAAAAGCAUCAACAACAUCAUCAGUGUCAUUUGUUUUAUUAUUUUGGACUUCAGUGGUCGAAGCCUUGUGUUUUUUCUACCGAGUAAGAGUGUUAAACAUGCGGUCUUCCCUUGUGAAACUUUUAUCUGUGAUCAAUAUUUGUUGGACCUUGUUUAGUGUGUCUGUAGGGGAACAAUUCUUCUUACGAAGAGAUCAUCUUGAUCAAAUAAAUUAUAUGAGGAGAACAACAGAAAACGUCGUCAAAAGUCAGGACGAUGCAGAGGUGAUAUUAGAAAAAUAUGGUUACCUAAGUUGUAAGGUGUCUCGGCGGAAACGGGAUGUGGGGAGGGUACACAUGUUGCCGGGGUAUGGGGUCAGUAUGACAGAAGAGGGGCAAGGUCGUCAAGAAGCGUGUGAUGAUUCCCAAGUUGAAAAUGCCAUCAAGGAAUAUCAAAAAACUUAUAAUUUACGUGAAACGGGGGUAUUGGACGAAGAGACUAAAAGGCUCAUGAGUACGACGCGCUGUGGCAAUAAAGACACCGAAACAACAGUUGUAAAAAAGAACACAACAACGCCGGACACUGGACAGGAAGUGCAUAGUAGUUCUCAAAAUCCCGCAGUAAAUUCCAUAUCCAAAGAAAAGACUGACACGGAGUCGAACGAUUCCGGUGCACCGUUUCAAAGGUUAUGGAAACGUUCUGUGAACAAUAAUAAAUUAUUUCAAGUGUUAACUAGAGGAAAGCGUGAAACAUUCUUACAGACUCGAACACGUAUACUGAACGAGUAUGUGAAUCGGAUUAAGAGGAACGAUCCGCUGAUGAAACAACCGUUAACGCACGAAGAACGCAGUAAACGGUCAGUGAUAGUGAAUGGCAGACGUAAUAACGAAACGCACCAGCCAACGGAAGAUGAGUUAAAAGCGAAAGAUCUAAUUUGGAAGAAACAAGAAAUACGUUGGAGGUUAUUAGAAACGGGAUACAGUACACACAUCCCCGUGGAGGAUCAGCGAGCAACCAUUGAUUUGGCAUUCAGGAUGUGGUCCGAGGUGACGCCCCUUAAAUUUAUGGAGGAUAUCGAAGGUGAUAUUCGUGAUGUGGAUAUUGAAGUGGCGUUUGGACGAGGAGCUCACGGUAACUGUCAACAAGAUUUUGAUGGAAAUGGAGGCGAAGUUGCCCAUUCAUGGGUUGGUGGGAACAUGCAUUUUGACGAUGACGAAAACUACAAAUCGAUUCGUACCUACCGUCAUGAUGGAAUAUACCUACUGAGAAUUGCUGUCCAUGAAAUCGGUCACGUGCUUGGAUUGUCUCAUACCAACAAAUCCUUUUCAAUUAUGUACGCCAUUUACAAUAAACUAAACUCCAAACCAUCGUUUGAACUGAACCCAUUGGACAGGAAGGCUGUCCAGGCAAUCUAUGGUGUGUGUAAAGGCAAAUUCAGCACUGUUUUAGAUUGGGUUAGAAAACGACCUGAUAAUUCUUUCAUCUUCAACACGUAUUUCUUCCGUGACAACCAUUACUGGAUGUACGAAAAUCAUGCCAACAGAACUCGAUAUGGAGAUCCACUACGAAUCGCGCGGGAAUGGAGUGGAGUACCGAAUCUUGUUGAUGGAUAUGCCCAUAUUUGGUACAUUACUGGAAACCAGAUGGUCGAUAAAGCAUUCUUCUACAAAGGGGAAGACUACUACGCCUACAAUAGCGAAACAGAUUCAGUUAUGGAUGGAUACCCGAAGAAAAUAAAAGAUGAUUUUGGGCCUAUGGCGGACCAAACUGAGUCUAUACCAAAUAAUAUUGACACGGUGUACUUUGAUAUGAGAGAUAGAAAUCUUUACUUUUUCAAACACGAUAUGGUUUACGUCUAUGAUCCAAAGACUGAAAACUUUACCAACGGAUGUUGUGUGCGGAAGCGGAAAAUUGUUGAAGAAUUCCCUGCAUUGGAAGGUGAAGAUCCUUUACCAAAUGACUUAGAUGCUGUGUAUUACUCUUAUAAGGACCAAGCUAUAUAUUUCAUUAAAGACGAAUAUGUUUGGCAUAAUGCUUUGUUCAACAUUGGACAAAAAGUGAUUCAAAAUGGGGUGAAAAAAGACGGUUUGUGGUACAAUAAAUGGUUUGAUAUCUGUGACAUUUGAGGUGACCAGAACCUAAAACUGUGAUAUGUUGUGGGCGAGAGACAGAGAGAAGGGUAGCUAUGCAUUAUAAUGGGUUGUUCAAAUUUUGGUCACAAAAUUUAUGAUCGAGUAAUUUUAGCCAAUCAUUUGUCGACUGGAUAUCUUAUGCUAUACGGUUGUUGUCUAUGACAUCGACCAAUAACAUGCCAGCUCAGACAAUCCUAAGAGACUAGUGCUUUAAGCCGACGGCGAGGGAAGGUCGGAAGUUGGGUUUGUUCAAAAGGAUGUUGAAUCUCAGAGUAUUUAAUGCUAUAUUGCCGGUUCUAUUUGAUAUAGUAUAUUUGUAUGUUUUCGGUACAAGAGAUUUGCUUUCGUAAGAAUUGUUCAUGUUUUUGUUUGUUACUAAUAUUCCAAUGUUUAUAUGUAGCGCAUUUACCGUCUUCUAUCAUUUUUUAUAUUUAAAAAAUGUAGAAUUCUAGAUAUUUUGUAUGUCCUUCUUAUAAUCAACUUAUAAUUCUGCCAGUAAAAUAUGUUUUAUAAUGUAUAUAAGUAUGACUUGUUCUUUGUAUUUAAAUGUUAAAAUAUAAUUUAUGUUGAUAUUACGAGUCACACAGCUUCGUUUCUUUACUGGCCAUGUUUUAUAAUCAUCAAUGUACUUUGAAGUCUGUCAUGUUUGUGUCUGUAGAGCUAGUAAGUUGAUUCUAGCCUAUUUCUUAUAACAAGUUGCUGUCAACAGCAUUAACAUAUUUCUGAAAUUUUAAAUUGCGACACACUAACAUUUUGCAUUUAAUGCCUGACCCUUACUGCAAGGUAUACGCCUAGAAUUGCUUCAACAAUUUUGCCGAAGCUGGGUUACUAAAUCUUAGAAAACUUAACCAUAUUUUUUACGGGAGGCAAUCGGGGCCUUGAACACAUCAGGGCGGGGCGACUUAAAAACUAUAUAUUGAAUUCACGCAUAAUUCAACCCAACCCGUUGUCAAAAUACAAAUUGCAAUAAUCGAAUUCGGAAAACAGCAACACGGCUUGUCACAUACAUUUGAUUAAUUGUCAGUGAAAUCUCUUUUUAAAAUUACAGAAAUAUUUUUAAUGUGUAAAUCUAUAUUAUUCUUACUUAUCUCUUAUAACCAAUUAUUGACAAUAGUUUUUGUUUGUAAUGAAAGACUAACAUUUAGUUAUUAUAGUAUUGGUUUAUUGUAUCUCUACACAUAUUGUUUAGUUAAUCAAGUAUUUUGUAUAUUAUAAACGAGUUAUUAUUCUAGUCAAACAGUGGUUAAAUAACCCCUUGUAAACUAUUGAAAUAUACUUAUACUUCAGCCGAAUAUAGAUUUACUUGACGCCAUUAUAAGAUACGCGACACGUAUUUAUUUGGGUGGUGUUCAUCCCAAAAACACUAGGGUUGUUAUCUGCGGAGACCCGGUUAUUGUUUACGGAGAUUCUAAAUUGUCAGACCGGAAUUUUGAAAUUUGACUGAUUAACAGUCGAGUGACAUGGAAUUGAGCAACGUCCUUGUUGUACAUGACGUUAGCAAACGAUUUAGUUUAGAACGUGCGCAUGCAUUGUCGCCGGUAUUUUCGUGAUUGCUCGAUUGACGUCUUUCGAGUGAAUUCUGGAACGUUCAAUCGCGUAUCCUCGUGGUCCAUUUCUAGAUAUGGUUGUUUUAUAAAGACCUGGUUAUUGCUUCUUCAGUAUCAAUAGAUGAAUAGCCCAGGUUUUGCCAAGAUGGGGUUUCACUUUUAUUGUUCAGAAAUCCCUUUAACUAUAAUGACUUUUAUUGAAUUUAGUAGUGAACAAUUCUGAUCAAUUCACCAAUUACCAGGAUCUGGACAUAACAUGUCGUGCAGUAUAAACGUCUAUCUAGGCUGUUGAAAGAAACUAAACAGAUUUAUGGUCAAUCAAGUACAUCAGAAAUGACGCAUUAUAACCCAAUAUGUGACAAACGGGUAUGUGGGAAAACAAUAUUAAAUAGAAAAUGAUGUCCCAGAAUAAUUACAUUUAAAGAGCUACGUAGUAAUGUUGAUAAGAAUAUAGUAGUUGAAAAAAAAAUCUAAACUUCAAUACUAAAACUAUUGAUCUGUUCAAAUAAGUGUCAGAUCUAUUAAAUCUAUUCGUGAACAUGACCCCAUUGAUCCGUUUAAUUAAGUGCCAACUCGAUUAAUCUAUUGACCCGUUCAAUUAAGUGCCAACUCGAUUAAUCUAUUGACCCGUUCAAUUAAGUAUCAGACCGAUUAAAUCUGAACAUCAGUACAAGUAAUUAAUUUAUUAACAGACCGGGAUACCUUUAGACAAUAAGAAGAAUAAAUAAUUACGUUUGCAAAUUCGGGGUUGUGAUAAUGUGAAAGGUGAUUCAGGUGGUGAUGAUUCGGACAACACUGAAAAUAAUAAAAAAGACUUAAAAAAAAGAGAAAGUGAAAGUAGGGACGUUUUCUAAUCAUUGAUAGAAAUAACAUUUGUAAUGAAAUAUACACUUGAAAUUUAAAUAAAUUAAAAGGAUCACGCCUUUUUAAUUCCGGUACUAAAUAUGUUAGGAAGGCCUUAAUCUGGCAAAAAUUAAAAUACAAGGAUAAAUAGUGGCUUUUAUUCAAUAUAAUGUUAAUAAAUGGACAGGGAUUCGACAUAUUUCACGAUUUGAACGACAAGUCUUACUUGUUCGUGCCAUACACUCGUCUUUAUCUAAUAGGGCAACAUUAAUGAUAAUCGUUUUAAAUUUACAUGAUUUUUUCAUAUGUACUUACAUUAAUAAGGAAUCUUUCAGCUGAUCUUUCUCGUCUUGUUGAAUAAUAGAGAAGUUUUAUCAUCUACAUUGAAUCUUCUCAGCUUUAAAAAAACCCCAACACAUUUCAUAUUCUUUCUUCUUAACAUUUUAUUUAAUAGAUUUUUUAGUGCUCAAACAUUAUUGUCAUGUAGAAGUAAAUUAUCGUUUCAUGCUCAUUAUUCUUAAGGAACAUUAUAGUCCGAAUUGAAAUAGAUAAAAACAUAGGUAAAACGCUUUUUUACGAUUUAUUCAUACUGUGUGUACCUGUUUAACGUUGUAGUCCCUUUGUGUCUAAAGUUAUAUUUCGAUAGGUGUUUUAUAUAUUCUGACAUUUAUAUUACAUAUAUUCCUUGCCCCAGCCUCCAAUGCUACCCGUGUUUCUUUAAUUAUUAUUAAAUUAGCUUCGAUCCCCAAGUCCUAAGUGUUUGAAUUAUUAGUCGGAACAUCAGCAUCGGUUGUUUAUACAGCAUUAAAAGUCAAAUGGUAAUUUCCGGACGAUUACUAUUUGAUCGAAAGGAAAAAUAACCCUCACAUUUUGAUUUGUUGGAAAUCGGAAGAAUGCAUUUUUUACUAGUGAAUUGGGCUACCUUUUGCCAUAAUGCAUUGCGGAACCGUACACGGGAACAGACGGAAAACAAAUGGCCCUUUUCCAGAUAAAAUUGAACCUAUUGUUCCAGAUAGUUUGGGCUGGGGCGAUCGACACUAUGUCCCUUAUUUUGUGUCUUCUAUGGUGCUUUCUAAAAUGGCGUACGCCAAUCAGUUUUCAUACACUGCUUUAGUAACAGUUUUCCUACACCGCUUUAGUGAAUAACUGUGUUUUUAAAUCGCGCAUAAAAUAAAUUAAUGUUUAAUGGAGAUGUAGCCUUCGACAUUUUGUGUUUUGUAAAUAAUGUUUUUGUAAAUCAUUGGGCUGAUUUUGUAUUAUAACUACGUCAUAAUUACCUUCAGCUUUGUAAAUAAGGCAAUAACCAAAAAUAACUAUGCAUUGCUUUAAUAUUCGUAACUUAUAUUAAGGGUAAUUACUUCCCUUUUUUGAUGUAUGUUGUGUACUUUUUGUGUCUUGUUAAUGGUAUAUGUGUAUUUAGAUUUUCUACCCUGCAUUCAGAAAAAAAAUAUAUUUAUUAAUACCCGCUUACCUUUUACAUUGACACAGAUAAAUAGAUUACAGAUGUGCUCGAGUGGACAAGAAUCAAUAAACUGCGCAUGUGAUGUUUGAGAUAAGAUUGCGCAUGUGCUGUAUGAACACUUAUAUCCAGACACCACGCAAUACGGCCGAUACAAGAUACCAGAGAGAGUGUCAUUUCCGGCAAAUUUUUCAUUAUAAUUGUAGCUAGUUUUCUUGUAGUUUUCCAUGAAAUUUGUCAAUAAUUUAUUAACUGUUACGUUUUAUAUAUUUUAAAAACUUGUUAUGUGUAUAUUUUAUAAUGUGAUAUUUAUUUCAUUAGUAUACAUAUAAUAUAACUACUGUGUAAAUGUAAAUAUACAAUGACGUCACACAAGGUGCGUGAAACGACAUCAUUGUUCGUGUAUUAUUAUCAAUGGUUUCGUGCAUCCAGUGGCUUUCGUCAUUAAAUUGCACUUAAUAGAUCAUGUACAUCACUAUUUAUAUUGCCAUGCAAUUUUCUUUUCCAUUUUCGUUGAACAUUUUCUGUUUGCAUCGCUCUUUUUUUUCAUGUACGUUACAAAAUGUGAGAAUAAAUGUUCGUCAGUUA